AUGAAAUGGAAGACUUCCAGUACAAUACUUGUGUACAAAAAAGGAGACCGGGGCAUGCUGGAGAACUGGCGCCCUCUCACUUUGGGGGACACCGUCUCCAAACUCUUCGCCGCGAUUCUUGUCAAUCGUCUGACCGACUGGGCGGUUACCAACUGCCGGCUUAGUCCCGCCCAGAAAGGCUUUUUGAGGGACGAGGGAUGCUUCGAGCACAAUUUCGUCCUUCAGGAGGCCCUGACUGACGCGAGGAGGAGCCGGAGGCAGGCGGUCGUCGCGUGGCUGGACCUGUCCGACGCGUUUGGAUCGAUCCCGCACGCGACGAUCCGCCGUGCUCUGGCUGGAGCGGCGGUGCCUAAGGAUCUCAUAAAUAUAUAG